UUCCCCCUGAGGGCUUACCCCUUUUUCUGAAAUACCCAAAUCUGUAUAUCUAGUGUUGUAACCAAGACAAAAACAAACCAACAACGUUUGAACAAUUGCCUUCAAAUUAUCCCUACGUGCAUCAGUUUACCCUUCAACAAAUGCCCAGCCAUUUAACUUAGAGAGGAAGGAAGACUGUGAGCUGAAAAUGGGUCUCAAUACAACUGCUGGCUAUGCAGUGGCUGGAUUUAUGCUGGCAGAGAGCUCAGGCCUUAUUCAGGUUCAAAACAGAAUGGUUCUUACAGUCUCUGACUGGGUCAUGAGAAGCCGGCAUCACCAGUAUGGUCCUACUCUCUAAAUCCUAGAUGUAACUUCCCCCUUUCAGAGAAGGCAAAAUCUCUUCUGAUAGAAGUUCCUUUGGAGAGGGAUGGAACUUCAUUUGUGUCACAUACACAGCAUUUGAGAUAAAGUAGUGCACGACCAGCCUAUUUGGGAAUAAAAUAUGCAGCAGGUGACAAGUUGUUCCAGUCAACUUCAACAUCUGCAAGCUGAGUGCCCAGCUAGUCUGUGUGAACAUUUCCUGCUAUUACCCUGACUUCAACUCCCCCCUGCUCCCUGCCUUAGGUCAUCUGGGGGUUACUUUCUUCUUUCCGAUACCAGUUCUGCAGAGGAGGAAACAGACUGCUGCAGCAGCAUCGUUAAGGUCAGGGAUACGGAUGCGAGGAGGAGCUCUGCAAAGUCCCCAUGUCCCAGAUGACACGACUGGGCUCUUUUCAACUCGCAGGGAGAAUGAGCCCUCCGAGCUGGCGGUUUCCUGUCGACCUUGAUCCUCCUCGCAAGGCACGGUGCAGCUCCGGGCGGGCGGCGGUGCCCGGUCCCCGCCUCGGAGGGAGGCAGGCGGAGGGAUCCGGGCUGCACGUCGGGGCUGGGAGAGCCAGACCUGAGAGGGGCUGGCCUCUGGCAGAUGAUUGACACCCAACUGGCGCCGAAGUGAAGUUUCAGUGAGUCACCCGCGGUCCCGAGCAGCGGAGCGGCGCAGCCCCGCUCCCCGCCAGCCCCGCCACCGCCGCCGCGGCCUCCCCGCCGCCCCCGCGCCCCGCCCGCGGCUCGCCGGCCGAUCGCGCCGAUCCGGCUCCGCGAUGACUCCCCGGCUGCCGAGGAGCCUGCGGCGGCUGCUGCUGCGCCUUUCCCUCUGGGUGCUCAUGGGCAGCUCGGUCCCCGCUCUGCUCCGGGCUGAAUUUACAUCACCUGUAGACAGAAAUAAGGAAAGUGGACUGAAAAUGUCAAACCUAUGCAAAUUUUGUGAUAUUAAAAUAACAACCUGCUCAAACCAACAUCAGUGCAAGAGCAACUGCAACAUCACUUCUAUCUGUGAGAAGAGCAGUGAAGUCUGUGUUGCUAUAUGGAGACAGAAUGAUGAAAAUGUGACAUUAGAAACAAUAUGCCACGAUCCCCAGGAAACACUGUAUGGUCACUUUUUGGAUGACUAUAAAUCAGAGCAGUGUUUGAUGAGGGAAAAGAAGGACGAUGGGGGAUUGAUGUUCAUGUGUUCCUGCACAGGUGAAGAAUGCAAUGAUAUGCUCAUUUUUACAUCAGAUGACCCUCAUAAGCCAGAGGAGAAAGAUGAAAUUUCCAAAGUCACAAUCAUAAGUCUUGUCCCGUUACUGGUGAUUUCUGUUGCUGUGAUUGUUAUCUUUUAUGCCUACCGCACUCAUAAGAAGAGGAAACUCAACAAGGCAUGGGAGAAGAAUGUUAAGCCCAAGAAGCAUAAGGACUGCAGUGAUGUCUGUGCUAUUAUGUUAGAUGAUGACCGCUCAGACAUCAGCUCCACGUGUGCCAACAACAUCAACCACAACACAGAGCUGCUGCCCAUUGAGUUGGACGUUGUUGUUGGCAAAGGAAGGUUUGCUGAAGUGUAUAAAGCCAAACUGAAGCAAAACACAUCAGAACAGUAUGAAACUGUAGCAGUCAAGAUUUUCUCCUAUGAAGAAUAUGCUUCCUGGAAAACCGAGAAAGACAUUUUUUCGGAUGUAAACCUCAAGCACGAGAACAUCCUCCAGUUCUUGACAGCAGAGGAGCGUAAGACAGAUCUUGGCAAACAGUAUUGGUUGAUCACUGCCUUCCAUGCUAAAGGAAACUUGCAGGAAUAUCUCACACGGCACAUUAUCAGCUGGGAGGACCUCUGGAAACUUGGCGGGUCCUUGGCCCGAGGGAUUGCCCAUCUGCACAGUGAUCACACACCCUGUGGUCGUCCCAAAACGCCUAUCGUACACAGAGACCUAAAGAGUUCCAACAUCCUGGUGAAAAAUGAUUUAACCUGCUGUCUCUGUGACUUUGGGUUAUCCCUGAGGCUGGACCCUUCCCUGUCUGUGGAUGACUUGGCUAACAGUGGGCAGGUUGGCACAGCAAGAUAUAUGGCCCCUGAGGUUUUGGAGUCCAGGAUGAACCUGGAGAACAUGGAGUCCUUCAAACAAACAGAUGUGUACUCCAUGGCUUUGGUCCUCUGGGAAAUGACAUCUCGCUGUAACGCUGUCGGAGAAGUGAAAGAGUAUGAGCCCCCAUUCGGCUCCAAAGUGCGAGAACACCCUUGUGUGGAAAGCAUGAAGGACAAUGUCCUGAGGGACAGAGGGCGACCCGAGAUCCCCAGCUCCUGGCUUAACCAUCAGGGCAUUCAGAUGGUGUGUGAGACCCUCAUCGAGUGCUGGGACCACGACCCCGAGGCCCGGCUGACGGCGCAGUGCGUGGCUGAGCGCUUCAGCGAGCUCAAGCACCUCGACAGGCUCUCGGGAAGGAGCUGCUCGGAGGAGAAGAUUCCCGAGGACGACUCCGUGACCACUGCAAAGUAGCGCGUGCCCGAGAGCUCCAGAACAGAGGGAACUCGCUCCUAGACGUGUUCACCUUGGCAAAGGAAGAAGUCUUGAUCAGUGCCUUGACUUGCUUCCUGGAGGACUGAGGCUGUCACCACCCCUUUAGGCUCCAGCUCUGGACAGGGAGAUGUAUUCUGGGAAUUAAAAGCUGGGGGAGUAGCAGUCAUACCCUAGCACUGGUGGCCAGCAUCAUGUCGUAGGAGGAGCUAUAUAAUGGUAGCACUUCCUCAGGAAAAGGAUUUGAAAAUAGCCAAUAACAUUAUGCACUUUAUUAAUGCCUGUAUAUAACUAUGAAAUUGCUAUUUUUUUAUAUAUAUAUAUAUACAUAUAUAUCUAUAAAAUGUGUGUGUAUGUAUAUAUAUAUAUCUAUCUAUAUGUCUGUAAACAGCCAUGUCCUGGGAAAAGAAAAGUUAUUAAAGAAAAGUGCUUCCAGGAAAUUACCAGUGCAUUAGAAAUCCCACCCCUUAGGAAGGAACCUGGGAUGACUGGUAUAGCGCCAGACCAGCAAUUGUGCACUAAGCAUUCUGCCAAAAAAUAGGAACAAUAUGCAAUAAGAUGACUUUCAAAGCAUCUGCUGUGACCACCUGGCUGUGGUCCUGCUGUUCACAGUUGCAGGAGCAGUCUCACAGCAGACAGGCCAAGUUGACUUUGCAAUUGUACUUUCAUGGUCCUGUCUGCAGCACAUUGUGGAAGGUUCAGGAAUGCCUUUUCCCUCUCACCUUAACCCCAGUCCUCGAAGUGUUCCAGAACAGACAUGUGAGGAGGUUUGGUCCUUCCUACAUGUGUUUUGUUAUCGAGUUCAUUAAUGUUGUAUGAUUAUUGCUUUGAAUUUGUUUGCUGCUUGCAAACAGGUUGCAAAAUAUCAGCUGGAUGAGUUUUCCCCUCCUCCCAUCCCCACCCCUAAACCAUACAGAGCAGGACAGGGCCAGCAGCAAGCCAAGCAGAUGUUUUAUGUUUGCUGUGCAUUCUGAGUGUGGGCAGUACUUUUUUUUUUUCCCCUUUUACCUUGAUUGUGUUGCUGUAAGAACAACUUUUUUUUUUUCCCUGCACAGUGUGUCUAAUUGCUAGACAAACCACAGCCUGACUCUGUUCCAUGCUUUCUAAAGUAAGAGGCAACAGCUGGUGCCUUUAAUUUUGCAAAAAGACCUUGGAGGUGAGGGAAAGCUCUGUAGCAAUAGGUUAAUGGCAUAUCCUGCCCUCAGCAUUGCUUGCAUUUAGGGCUGCCUCAGCAAGUCAGCAACUCACAGAAAAAAAAAAAAAAAAAAAAACAACAAAAACAAAGAAAGACCUUUUUCAACAGGAUCCUUCAGACAUUGCUUACAUUCUUCCUGUUCCCCAAAAUGCUUGAGACAGUUGAUAUCACGUUGGCCUAUAUACAUGACAGCACUGUGUUUAAUAAGUGGUAAAAAUUUUGCCUUUAGGUGUUUUACAGUGAUUUAUCCACUUUUCUCUUCCUCAUGGUAUGUCAGCAGGCCUUGCAAAUUAGAAAUUCAACCAGCACAUACCAAUCCUGGACAGAUGUCUUUGGUGUGAUUUAUUAAACACCUUUGACAGAUAAACAUCAAUAUUCCCUCCGAAAAUGUUGCCAUGCAAGUCAAUAGGAAUCAUGGUUAUUCAAAUAGGAGUUAAGAUUUAUGAUGGCAAAUACUUUAUUUGAAAUGGUUCUGUAACUGCUUCUUUUUUUUUUUUUUUUUUUUUUUUUUAAUUUGCAUUUUAACCAAACUGCUCAGAAAUGCUAAAACAGAGCAGGGCAAAACCUCCACACCUACAAUGGAACUUAGAGAAUACUAUGGCAUUUUUUGUAGGGAUGGAAUGUUGUAAAUUCACAGGUCAAGGAAUGGCAACCAGUAGUUCCUGACAGUACUGACAAUUUUUAUGGGGUUUUCUAACACUACAUGUAAAACAAAAUUUUUAUUCUUUUAAGGAAUAUUUCACCUGUGCAUCAUGUAUGAAAUAGGAAUGUGAGCGAUAUAUACUCUUGUAUAUCAAAAGUUUCAAACACUUAAUUUGCUUUGUAAACUGUAUUGAGGGGGUUUUAGUCUUGUUUUGUUUUGUAUAAAUCAAAUGUUUAUCGGAGCAAAUAAAAUAACACCAACUCAA